UGUUAUUGCUGAUGUUCGUGAAAUCGCUGUUUUAGUUACUCGCUGGUUUGGUUGUCUCUAAAAUACUACAAAAUUUUCAGCACGAGUUUUUACUAAAAAAUUACGUUUAUUUUUCUCUUAAAAAAGAAGCUUAAAACAAAAGUGCUUUAAGAGAAGAAGUGUAACGCAAUUGUUUGCUAAUUUGCAUUUCGCAUUUCUAAUCCUUUGUUCUACACUUGUGAACUUCAAUUACAUAUAAAUGAAAAAUCGAUUAUGUUGGGUUGUACUUUUUUUGGUGGGCCUUUUGCGUUACCAACUAAGGAUACGAUAGACAAGUAGUUAAUACGGACGGAGGCAGUAACGAGCAAAAUGCGGUAAAAAGCCGACUACGACCGAGACCAAAGCAGCAAAAAAGAUAAUUGUUAGCAUUAUGAUGCAGUGUGAAUAAUGAAUUUUGAGAGUUAGCAAUGUAUAAACAUACUUAUGCAUAUGUUAUGUAUAUAUUUUAUUUUUAGUGCAGUAACUGGAUAGUACCACUCCACCCUUCCAUCGUCACCAUCUAUAACCACCAAAAAUGACUGCGGCAUCUUCAGAAGCAGCUUCGUUACCGGUAAACGAUCUCGAUGUCAUACAAGAUAUGAUAGACAUUUCGGCCGACCGUUUGGAGGGUUUGCGUACACAAUGUGCCACAAGCGCUACACUAACACAGCAAGAGAUCCGUAGCCUUGAGUCGAAACUAGUUCGAAUGUUUUCAAAAUUAUUGUUAACCAAAUCACGUUUAAAUGAGAGGAUACCAGCAAGCGGAUUGCCUCAUACUACCAGCACGGAGCUAAAAAAAUGGUUACGGGUUGUGGGCAUAAGUCAAGAGUCAUCAAAUAUUUGCCUAACCCGCCUGUCUACAUUAGAGCAACUACUCGAACAGAGUGAUGAUGAAAUUAAACAUUUGUUAAGCAAUAAUCCUAGUUAUCGAAAAGAUGAAGAUAUAAGACGACUAACAACAGCUAUGCAGAAUCUGCGUAAAUGCAAAGAAAGCCUAAGCAUGCUUGAAAAUGAGGGGAUUAUGGGAGGCAAUAAUGUUUCAAUUGAAAAGAAAGAACAUUUAACUGAACAAUUGUUUUGGGAUUCGUGGGAUCGUCAUCAUAAUCAUCAUCACCAUCAUCGUAGCAGUAUGGGAAAUAUAGGAAUACCAGCUUCUCCGCGCACACAUCGAAUACUAACGAAACAAGGAAAAUCACACAAUCACCAAUCGGCGGGAAAUAGUAGUCGACACUCGCCUUCCCAUGAUCACAGUUGCAAAUCAACAUCAACAGCAGCAAUGAACAAUACCACCGAUGAUUUGUCUAGCAUACAAGGUUCUACACUAACACUGACACUAACGCCAUCCCCGCCAAAUUCUCCAUUCACACCCACAAGUUUAAUCAGUAAUUUCAGUACGAUUUGUAGUACAGGAAGCAGUGUAAAUGGCACACCACAAAGAAGCAAACCGGCUGGUACACCACCGCCGAUGAAAAAACAUCAGACAUUAUUAACCAAUAUGCAACAACAUACACCUACUCAUAUUUCCGGUAUCCCUACUAAUAACCCGGACGGAACGAUGUUACCUUUAGCCAAAUCUAAAUCAAAUGGAUCUCAAUUUCGCGACACGCCGUUAUCAAGUACUGGAUCUCCACAAUCACAAUCAUUAGCGUCAUCAGUAAUUGGCGCAACAAUAGCAAAUAACAAGUCAGCAUUAUCACGUUCGCGUCUGAACACCGACCCUAGCCCCGAUAGUUUUUCGUCUGCUAGCUCGGAUGUUUUCGUAGAAAACAAUAAUAAUCCAAACAAUCUUCAAGUACCAAGAUCUCCGGGCACAUUACCAUUAGGCAUGGGGCACACGAUAUCACAUCGUUUUGCCAAGGUUUUCCAGGUGAUGUCAACAUGUGACCUUUGUCAAAAACAAAUGUUCUUCGGUCUCAAGUGCAGAGAAUGCAAGUAUCGCUGUCAUAAGGACUGUGAACAAAAUGUACCACCAUCUUGUGGCUUACCCUCCGAAUUUGUUGAUGAAUUUAAGAAAACGAUUAAUGAUCAUGGUGGAUUUGCUUCCUUGCAACACAACCAGUCCACAGCCAAUACAUCACCAAUCACAAGGCGAAAACGUGAUAGCAGUUCACCUGGCUCCAGUUGUAAUAGCUCGAGUCCGUCUAGCCCCGCAUUAUUUAAUCCAAAAUCUGUAACAACUCAUGCCGGAGCUGUUUUCAUUCCGAGCGGUGGUAAUAUGAUGAGUUCUUCCGGAGGUGGCAGCUCAAGUACGAGCUCCAACAUGCUAUCCACACCUUCAUCAUUCCACAAGCACGCAAGUCUUUUCAAUUUUCCAGAUGUAACGAUAACAUCUAAUUGUAAUCAAGCGGCUGGUGGUACUACACAAACCCUUUAUUCCUCGCAAAGUGGAACGGAUUCGACGAGUGGUGAAUUCAAUUGUUUACAGCAGACGGAUUUUCAGGAUGGCAACAAUUCACUCACAUCUUCAAUCAACAAAUCGAGUCACGGCAGUGACAGUUUAUCAAACAGCACUGUGGUUACAUGCGCGGUAUCCCAUUAUAGCUCUACUAAUGUUUCGACCGUAAUUGCUUCAACAAACAGUAACGUGCAUUCUAUCAGCUCAAGUAUAGUCAGUGGAACAGGUUCGUUUUACCCGCGUAAACUCAGCUCAGCCGGUGUGGAUAAGCGCGAUCCAUUUUCUGAACUUGCCGAUACACAUAAAUCGAAUGAUAGUGAUAAAACCGUCUCAUUGUCGGGAAGUACUUCAGCCAGUACCGACUCCGACCGUACACCAAUCAGACUGGAUUCUACAGAAGAUGGUGACUCGCUAAAUUGGCCACGUCAAAAUUCAUUGUCUCUCAAAGAAUGGGAUAUACCCUACGACGAUUUACAUUUGCUAGAAUCAAUCGGUAAGGGACGUUUUGGUACAGUACAUAGAGCAUUAUGGCAUGGUGAUGUGGCGGUUAAAUUACUCAAAGAAGACUACCUCGACGAUGAGCACAUGUUAGAGGCAUUUAAACUGGAAGUGGCAAACUUUAAGAAGACUCGUCAUGAAAAUUUAGUGCUAUUUAUGGGUGCAUGCAUGAAUCCACCCCACCUAGCCAUUGUUACGUCUUUGUGUAAAGGCAAUACCCUUUACACAUACAUUCACGCACGUCGCGAUAAAUUCACUAUCAACCGUACUACGCUAGUGGCACAACAAAUCUCACAAGGUAUGGGCUAUCUUCACGCCCGAGGUAUUUAUCACAAGGAUUUACGCACAAAGAAUAUCUUUUUGGAGAACGGUAAAGUGAUUAUCACCGAUUUUGGUCUAUUCAGCUCCACAAAGUUACUAUACUGCGAAUUAGGUUUGGGAGUGCCCAAUGGAUGGCUGUGCUACUUGGCACCAGAACUGAUGCGAGCACUAAUGCCAGUUAAGCCGACCGAAGAGAUUUUACCCUUCUCAAAGGCAUCGGAUGUAUACUCAUUCGGCACGGUGUGGUACGAGCUUUUAUGUGGAGAAUUUCCGUUCAAGUCACAGCCACCGGAAUCAAUAAUUUGGCAGGUGGGCCGCGGUAUGAAGCAAACAUUAGCCAACUUGCAGACUUCGCGUGAUGUCAAAGACAUACUUAUGCUCUGCUGGUCAUUUCAAGCAGACGACAGACCAGAUUUUGCAAAGUUGCUCUCCCUUCUGGAGCGAUUGCCGAAGAAACGAUUGGCACGCAGCCCCUCACACCCCGUGCAAUUGUCACGUUCGGCAGAGUCAGUAUUUUAAUCAAAUCGCAAUUAGUACAAAAUUUGCGAUAUAUUGUGUACCUCAUCAAAGGAAGCGCCACCCAAAGGAACUGAGCCCAUGCAUGCAUGCAUACAUAUAUGUAUCGCUUUAUAAUUUAUAUAUGAACUAAGUAUGACAUUAUGAAAAGUGGCACAAAUAACACAUUAUUAUAAACUAGAUUUAAGUACUAAAAGCGAACACACAUUACGUAAAAUGUAUAUGUAUGUGUAUGUAUGUAAAUUUACCCCGGAGUAGGGUAAAUCAAAUCUGCUAUUGUCAAGUACAAUUUUCGAAGAAAUAUUAUUAAAUGAUAAUCACUGUAAAUACAUAAUUGUUAUGACAAAAAAUACAGGAAACAUUUAAUAAUCGUAACAUGAAGUGUUUAAAUUAAAGUAUACAAAAUAAAUUACCUUUAUUUCAUUCCUCUUAUGUACUGAGUACAAAUAAAUGUAGCUAUUCAUUUAAUUCUUAAGAGCCUUCUCUAUGAUUAUGUAAUAUGUGAGUAUAUGUAUGAUGUCAUGGCGGCAAUUGUCAGAUAUUGUUUCAAAACUAUGCAUUUGUAAAUAUUUAAUAUUUUGAUAAUUAUCAAGGCUAAUGCAGACUUUAUAGAUAACAAAAAGACAGUAAUGAAAUUGAAUGAGAUUAGCAAG